AUCUGCCUGCCUCGCCCUCUUUUGGUUCUUCCUCGACGUUCUUCCGCUCGCUCUGCAACCUCUUUCGUCUCUGAGUUGUGACGUUUUCUCUGAGCCGGAAGAAGGGCCUGAGAACGCUUUCGGAGUUAUGGCGGCGGUGGAUAUCCGAGAUAAUCUGCUGGGAAUCUCUUGGGUUGACAGUUCCUGGAUCCCUAUUUUGAACAGUGGAAGUGUCCUGGAUUAUUUUUCAGAAAGAAGUAAUCCUUUUUAUGACAGGACAUGUAAUAACGAAGUGGUCAAAAUGCAGAGGCUAACUUUAGAGCACUUAAAAUCUCUUUGGUCAAGAAGCAUCGUGGGUAUUUUGGUUGCCUUUUUUGAAAUUCAGAUGGUUGGAGUGGAAUACAUCCUUUUACAUGCUCAAGAGCCCAUUCUUUUUAUCAUUCGGAAGCAACAGCGGCAGUCCCCUACUCAAGUUAUCCCACUGGCUGAUUACUAUAUUAUUGCUGGAGUGAUCUAUCAGGCACCAGACUUGGGGUCAGUUAUAAACUCUAGAGUGCUUACUGCAGUGCAUGGCAUUCAGUCAGCUUUUGAUGAAGCUAUGUCAUACUGUCGAUAUCACCCUUCCAAAGGGUAUUGGUGGCACUUCAAAGAUCACGAAGAGCAAGAUAAAGUCAAACCUAAAGUCAAAAGGAAAGAAGAACCAAGUUCUAUUUUCCAGAGACAGCGUGUGGAUGCUUUGCUCCUAGAUCUUAGACAAAAAUUUCCACCCAAAUUUGUGCAGCAGAAGUCUGGAGAAAAGCCUGUCCCAGUGGAUCAGACAAAGAAAGAGGCAGAACCUCUACCAGAGACUGUUAAAUCUGAGGAGAAGGAGACUGCAAAGAAUGUGCAACAGACAGUGGGCACUAAAGGCCCACCUGAAAAACGAAUGAGACUCCAGUGAGUAUUGGAGAAGAGAGAAGCUGGCAAGACUCCUCUUGUCCACGGUUUACCUCAUUACUGUGACAGGCUCUUGAACUUUAAAAUUCUUUGUCACAAUCAUUUGUAUAGAAUGUGCUUAUUCUUUAAGAAAGGAUGUUAAGGAUGCUCAUGCUAUCAACCUAAAUAUUUUUAAUGUAUCUUUUGUAACCUUUUCCCUCUGGACUUAAGCAGCUUCCUGUCUCACAUGUUUACUGCUAUAUAUGUUUAAAAACAAAAUAAAGGUAUUUGUAUAAAUUA